GGAUGUACUACAGCUGUGCAAGCCCUGUGUGUGCGAGCCCCAGAACUGUUGCCGAUGGUUGUAGACAUUUCGUAGCACGAGCAAUAAGUACUUUAAUACGUUUAUAACACGCUGAUAAAGAUAGACUGUACUGAAGAUCUUCGUUCUUCACAUUCCUGCCGUAAUAUUGCAUAUAGCCGGAUUUCUUUUUUUCUCGCUAGACAGUACUUCUUGAGUAGAAAGCUCUAUAAAUGUGACACUUUGUGCCAGUGAGCUUCCAGUAGUAGCCGAGUUUGCGGGGGAGCUAAAGUGAGUGUAGUGUGGCCAAAUCAAGCAAGGGAUUAAUUUUACCAAACAUGAAUGCACUUGUGAGGAUCGCCAUUUUGGCGAUUUGUUUAGUGAGCUUUCACACACGCAACAUUUCCUGUACACCACUGCAACCGAAACUGUUCGGUGGUGAGCUUGAGCUUGAACCACGCGCCGAACUGGACCACUAUCGGCUAAAUGAGGAUGUGUUGCCCACUCAUUACGAGAUUGAAAUUAAGCCGUACUUCGAACCGGAACCCCAAAAGCAAGCCUUUACGUUCGAUGGCAACACUGUCAUCACUGUGACCGCAGCGAAAGAAAACGUGACGCAGAUUAAACUGCACAUGGCACACAUGGACAUUCUGCUCUGGAGUGUGAUGCGCAAAAGCAACAGCAUGUUGGUGCCCAGCGAAGGCCGCACAUACGACGAGGAGACGCAAAUUAUGACGCUACAGCUGAAGGAAGGACUGUUGAAAAAUGUGGAAUAUCUCAUUGUGAUUAACUACGUUGGCGUGAUGGAGGAAAAUAUGCGUGGAUUCUACCGCAGCUACUACAAGGAAAAUGGCACGAAAGUGUGGCUUGGAUCGACACAGUUUGAACAAACGGAGGCACGGCGUGCCUUUCCAUGCUUCGACGAGCCCAAGUUUAAGGCUACAUUUCAGCUGAAGCUAAACUACAAACCGGUCGAGUACAGCGUGUACUCCAACACGCCAAUCAAGAAAAGUGACGUCCUUGGAAACAAUCGCACACUGGCAACGUUUGGCAUCACGCCGAAAAUGUCCACCUAUCUGCUUGCGUUCAUUGUUGCACCGUACACUACGAGCGGAGACGAUGUGGUACGUGUUCUAUCACGCCCGGAGGCCACAAAUCAGACGACGUACAGCAUUGAGGAGGGUCUGAAGCUGCUGAAAGUAUUGGGCGAUUGGGUAAAGUAUCCGUUCAACAAUGUGACGGAAAUCGAACGCAUGUACAUGGCGGCCGUGCCUGAUUUUGCGGCGGGAGCAAUGGAAAACUGGGGAUUAAUCACCUACCGUGAGUCAAGCCUGCUGUACGUGCCGGAGGACGCUACCAGUCUGCAGCAGCAACGCAUUGCAACAAUCAUCGCGCACGAGCUGGCUCACCAGUGGUUCGGAAACUUGGUCACCUGUGAAUGGUGGGAUGUAACGUGGCUAAACGAAGGGUUUGCCACCUACUUCGAGUACUUCGGUACGGCACUCGCUGAACCGCUGUGGGAACUGGAGGAUCAGUUUGUGGUCGAGAAGUUACACACCGCAAUGCAAACGGACGGUUCCAUCUCCACCCAUCCGAUGACCCAUCCGGUCUACACACAGGCCCAGGCAGCAGCGAUAUUCGAUGCCAUUUCCUAUAGCAAGGGUGGAGUUGUACUGCGAAUGUUAGAACACUACAUGACGAAAGAGGUGUUUCAGGCCGCUAUUGUAGAGUACGUAAAAGAUCGCCAAUUUCAAGCAUCGCGGCCGGAACAUCUUUUUGCCGUGCUCGAUAAACAUAAUGCCAGUGCGAGCGCGUACAUGAAGCCAUGGACAACACAGCCAGGAUUACCGCUCGUGUACGUUACCGGCCAUGCGUACGGAUUUUCCAUUACCCAGCAACGGUUUCUUACCAACAGUAGUGAGCAGGAGGAAAAGUUCCUCUGGCCGUUGCCGAUCACGUUCGCUACCGAUGGGAAUGAAUUCGACAACACUAAGCCAACACUUGUUGCGACCGAGUCGCAUAACAUUUCCUUUGAGAAUGCGGCCAACGUGAAGUACUUUGUACUGAACAACCAACAAGUGGGAUACUACCGAGUACACUACGAUGACGCAUUGUGGGACAAGAUCAGCAAGGCACUUCGUACGAGAGGCUUUGGCGGCAUCCAUCAGCUAAACCGUGCCCAAAUAGUGGACGAUUUGUUCAAUCUCGCCCGGGCAGAUGUGAUGGGAUAUCGCAAGGCGUUGGACAUCUUGGAAUACCUAAAAGAGGAGACCGAGUACGCACCAUGGUUUGCCGCUGCCAAUGGCUUCAGUACGCUGGCACUAAGAAUUCAUCCAGAUGAUGAGACAUUGUUUUCGCAACACAUUCUGGACAUAUUUGCCAAAGCCUACGAGUUUAUCCAUUUUCAAGAACCUUCACAGUAUGAGCGCCGAUUGCGCAUUUACUUGCGACGGUUAGUACUCGACUGGACCUGUCGCUACGGGCAUGAGGACUGCAGUAAGAGUGCUUUACAGGAAUUUGAAGCGCUCCGUGCCAAUUCGAGUGCAAAAGUUCAUCCCGAUCUUCGCCAGGUAGUGUACUGUGAAGGUGUGCGCAAAGGAUCGCUCGAACAGUUUGAUUUCCUGUUGAAUCUGUACCUCACGACAAAUGUGGCUACGGAACAGCUACUCACGCUUCAGGGAAUGAGUUGUGCAACGGAGAAAGAAGUCAUUCAUAAAUAUAUGAACCUCACAAGCUCGCCGGAUGUCCGGAGACAGGAUAAGGCUACCGCACUAUCACUGCUUCUAAAUAAUCAACAUGCACUAGAAUCGGCCGCAUCUUACCUAGUAGAAAACAGUGCCCGCUGGGCUGAAGCCCAUGGGGAUUACAAACAUGUUGCGAUGGCAUUCGGUGGUAUCCUUGCGCGUGUAAAAGAUGUGACCGUGAAGGAAAGUAUUGCACAAUUCGCGGAAGCGAACAAAGAUACGAUGGGUCUGGAAGCGUACGAAUUUAUCAGCAAAGGACUGGAGGAAUUUGACCACAAUCAACAGUUUACCAUGAAUCACCGGGAUGACAUACUUGGGUUCCUUACCUUCAAAGCUAACAACAGUGGUGCAUCACAAACUGUUAUCUUUAAUGUUGUUGUAGCAUUGUGUUUGGCACUGUUGGCGGUUUGGUAGGUUUUUUAGGGCAAGAAAUCAGUUAUUUACAUCGAUAAGCACUUAUUGCUUAGUUCUUUUCCCCCUCUCUCGUUAUCUAUGAUUAACAAUGUUAUAAUCAUUAGUGCAUUCUUUCAAUAAGAUUGUCAGUUUAUGAUCAGAAAAUAAAAAAAAAACAUUUUCUCUGAAAUCCUCUCCUUAGUAAAAA